AUGGACGAGAAGGACCCCAAGCGUCUCUUCGAAGGAAACGCCCUCAUUCGCCGUCUGGUCCGUGUCGGUGUCCUUGACGAGUCCCGCAUGAAGCUCGAUUACGUCUUGGCCCUGAAGGUCGAGGACUUCUUGGAGCGCCGUCUCCAGACCUGCGUCUACAAGCUCGGUCUCGCCAAGUCCAUCCACCACGCCCGUGUCCUCAUCCGCCAGCGUCACAUCCGCGUCGGCAAGCAGAUCGUCAACGUCCCCUCGUUCGUUGUCCGUCUCGACGCCCAGAAGCACAUCGACUUUGCCCUGACCUCGCCCUUCGGUGGCGGUCGUCCCGGCCGUGUUCGCAGAAAGAAGGCCAAGGCCGCCGAGUCCAAGGAGGCUGGUGGUGACGAGGAGGAGGAGGAGGAGUAA